AUGGCUUGUUGCCCGACGGAAGAGAAAUAUGGCUACGAAGAUGGUCGUUUUGAGAAAGCUGUCGACGCCCACUUUCAUUGCUCUAUCUGCUACAAUGUUCUGAAGGAACCAAUGAUGUGUAGAAAUAAUGAACACAUAUUUUGUCGUGGCUGUAUUACUGAACAUUUAACUGUGAACUCGCAUACCUGCCCAGAAUGUAACGAGGACUUGACUGUCAAAACACUUCGCAAAGCGCGUCUGGUGAGCAAUUAUUUAUCUGAGCUUAAGAUAAAGUGUGAUUAUUCUAACCGAGGUUGCCAAGAGUUUAUUCGUCUUGAAGAGUUGGAUUCUCACGUCGAGAACUGUGGGUUUGCGCCGGUGAAAUGCUCAAACGAGGGAUGCGGAAUUGUGAUUAAUAAGCGAGAGAUUAUUAACCACGAAAGCACAGUUUGCGAGUACAGGAAAGUCAAUUGUCAUAACUGUAUGAAGAUCGAGCAAGAUAUCGAAGCAAUGAAAGAGAAAAUAGAAGGCCUCGCAUCCAAGGAAGAUGUAAAGGCGUUUAUCGAGGCGCUGAUGGUCCAGAUGUUUGAGAAAUUACGCUUCCUUGAAAACACCAUUCAAAUUUCAUCUGCCGUCAAUCAUGCAGCGAAUGCCUUAAUGGAAGACAUCUUGGUAGCUGGGGGCAAGGACAUUCGUGGUAAUGCUUUAAAAUCUGUCGAGAGAUUUUCGUGGAAGAAUAAUGUCUGGGAAAGAGUGUCCUCAAUGAACGAUGGUCGAAUAGGAGCAACGUCGUUUGUUUACGAGAAUCAAGUAUUUGUCGCUGGCGGAUGUGAUAGUCGUGUAAUUGAGGUAUUAAAUUUGAACGAAGGUCUGCUGCAAUGGGGUGAAUCUAUGGCCAAAGUUCCUUACUACUGUAAAUACCUCCGUUCCGUAGUUUACCAGAACCGGACAGUUCUGUUUUGCAUAUGCAGUAAGACCGAUAAUUGCGCAGAACUUUGUCUCACUGCACCUCACACAUGUAAGCAGUUGUGUAAAAUACCUGAGCCGGCAAGGACAUAUUAUACCGUGGUUGCACUUGAGCACAAAGUCUUGAUUUUUGGAGGAUUAUAUAGUGCUAGCAAUGAUAAUUUUCUUGAUAGUGUGUUACAGUUUGACAUUGGUACGAACGAAUUUAAAGAAAUGCCUCCAUUGCCCUGUGCUCUAUAUGGUAUGGCAGGUGUUCGUUGGGGGGAUCAAGCAAUUUUGAUUGGAGGCUCCUCGGAUAAAGACGGCCAAUCAAAAAAGGUUUAUAUGUACAAUUCCAAAACGGGCAACACCAUUGAAUUGCCAUCUAUGUUAGAAGAGAGAAGUGGAUGCUGUGCGAUUAUUACUGGCAAUACAAUUGUUGUGAUGGGUGGACGCGGAAAGACAACCGGUCGUGUUAGAUCUGUUGAAGCUUUCACUUUGGGAGGUUAUACCUGGAGAUAUCUUCCUGCCAUGAAUGAAAUUAGAAGUGUCGCCACUGCAACUGUUUUACCAACGAAAAACUUUCAUUGA